GAAUUUUUUGGGACGAAGGGAAUAUAAAAUACAUAAAGACCAAAUAUUUACCAUAUCAGACUCGUUAAAAUCAGAUCAAACAUAAACAGAGGAGUGUAGACCAGAUCAGGCAAAAAAAACUCAGACCAAUUAAAAACAUUGUAAUAUUUAAUAUACAACUUUAAUUAAUUAUCGAUAUUAAAGGUAAACACUAUGAGCUUAGUUUAGCUAUUACUAUUACGGUAAUAGUAUUACCUAAACACGAGCACCUAGAUUCAUGCAACUAAAUAAAAUAUUCUCAAUCAGAAAAAUAUAUGGGAAUGCAUACCUCCCAUUCCUGCGACUAACGCUAGGUUUGCAUUUUGGGCUGUCGCGGUAGGAAAUGCAACACAUGUUACGGUAUCCGGGCGGCCAAUAAUUAGAUGCUCAUCCAUUCUUUGCUUCACUUCACCGAUUUCGUAAGUAAUUUUGAAACCCACUAAAAUUCUACACUUUUUGGAAUGAGAUUUUAGAAUUCUACACCGGGCUAGCUUCUUCAAUUACUGUAUUUCCGAUGGCUGCCACUCUCCGGUCAUUGAAGUUAGUAGCUCUUCUUCCAUUACUUUUUGUAUUUGCAGCCGUAUCCUUCAGCUUUUCUGCAACUCCAAUCACCGCCCUCUACGUCGGCGUUGACACUCAUGCCGGUCUUACCUUGGAUAAAGAGUGUAGUAGAACAUGUGAAUCCAAGUUCUGUGGAGUGCCUCCCUUCCUAAGAUAUGGAAAAUACUGUGGGCUGCUCUACAGCGGAUGCCCAGGAGAGAAGCCGUGCGACGCCCUUGAUGCUUGUUGUAUGCUGCAUGAUGAGUGCAUUCAAAUCAAUGGCAAUGAGUACCUAAGCCAACAUUGCAACACAAACUUUUUGAAAUGUAUGACCACAUUCGAGAAAUCGAAUGCUUUGACGUUUAAAGGCAACACUUGCGAUGUGGAAGAGGUUGUGAAUAUUAUCAGUGAUGUCAUAGAUGCUGCCAUUAUCGCUGGGAAAAUAUUCCACAAACCUUGAAUUAUGCCUUAUCUGCAUUAGGCAGACACCUCUUCACAUGUUUAGUGCCUUCAACAAAGCACUCAAGACCAAAACUGCAUGUGUGUUCUUUCAUCUUGUUUUUUUUACUGCAUUUUGAGUACUUUUCGGUGACAAUACACUACCUAGUGUGGUGUUGGAGAGUUGGAGGUAUUAGAUUCUUUUUGUUGAAGUAAACUAGUUGGGUUAAUGAACUACUCCCUCCGUCCCCUAACAAUGGGACAAGAGGGAGUGACACACAAAUCAAUAAAAAUUGUUUUAAGAUGUUGAUAUUG